AUGACUGCGACAGAUGUCAUGGAUGCUUUGGUCGCCGGAUCAAAUCUCACUGAAGGAAUGGACCCUCUCCCUCUACACGCGCAAGGCACGUCUUUCAUCGAUGUAACCGACGGCGGCGCAGAGUCCGUGUCUGCGCAGCAGCUGCAGCAGCAGCGGUCGUCCUCCCCGGCCCUGAACCCCGUCGACUGGGUGCUCCUAAAAGCGCAAGGCGUGCCUAUGCCAUCGUUCGACUUCGAUAUCAAGUGGAACUUUCCGUGGCCGCGCGACGGCGACAGUGACAACGGUCUCCCGCCCCCCGCGUCGCUCGCGUCGCUUACGGAGCGCCGCGACGCUCUGAAGCAGGAGCUGGAGGUGCUGGAGCUUAUGCUGCGGCCGCAGUGCCCGUGGCCGCGCGACCCGCACGCCUUUAUCGAGGAGGAGUGGGUGCUUUCUCAAGAGGAGGAUGAACAAGACGAGAGCGACGCGGAAGAGACGACGGCUUUCCUCGUGGAGGAGAGCGAUGAGGAGAUCAACGUCGUCGAGUCGACACCACUUUCCGCCGUUUCAGCCGUUUCAGCCGCAUCCGCCAUUUCCGCCGUGUCCGCCGCCCCAGCUCCCGCCCCUGGCCCUCGCUGCGAGUGGCCCAGGAAGUCGUUUAACCCUCUCGUCCCGAUCGCCGCGCCAUCGACUCCCGCCGCCCCCGGCGCAAGUUGCUCGUGGCCGCGCGUGGCCUCUUCCGCUACCGCCGUUACCGCCGUGAAACCCGUGUCCUUCGUCCCCAGUCUCGAUACUUCCGCGGCACCUCCGUCCGCGCGUUGCGCAUGGCCGCGGGGAUCCGCGCAAGUGCAGGAGCAGCGUGUGUUGGCUUCCCCUGGCCCGCACUGCGCCUGGCCGCGCAAGAGCGCGCUGUCCGCCGUGGCUCCCCCUGCUGUAGCGGCCCCCGUUCCUACUCCUGCUGAGGCUCCUGCGGUCUUCGGUCCGCGUUGCUCGUGGCCGCGCGCAACGUCCGCCACUUCCGCCGUCGCACCUCCUUCCGCCGUUUCCGCGGCCGCCUCCGCCGCCCUUCCGCACCUCGACCUCGCCGUGGGUCCUCGCUGCAGCUGGCCCCGCCAAACUUCCACCUCUGCCGUGUCCGCCUUAGCCGCGGCGGUGGCUGCCGUCGCAGACUCCCCCGCGCCCGCGGAAGCGACCCCUCUCGGCCCGCGCUGUGCGUGGCCGCGUGCUGUCCCCACUGUGACCCCCGUGGUGCGGGAAGUGUCAAAACCGGAACCGGUCAAGGCGCAGCAGCAGGAGCAGCAGCAGGAGGAGGUAGCGCGAGUGCAAGCGCCUGGCGCAGCAGCGCGCGUAGCUUCUCCUGCGGUUGACGUGUCGGAUGGUCCGCGGUGCAUGUGGCCGCGCGGCUCAGUGCUCUCCCAGGCGCUUAUGGGUGGCGCGGCAGGAACUGGCAAGGGCAUGAUGAGCGUGGGUUUGGAACUGCCCGCUCCUACUCCUGUUGCUGCUGCUGCUGCUGUCCCUAUGGGCCCGCGGUGUGAGUGGCCGAGGAAAGGAUCCGUUGCUGCUGCAGCUGCUGCUGCACCGGUUGCGGCAGUGGUUGUGGAUGUGGAGGUUGUAGCAGCGCCUGCUCCCACCCCCAUGGGCCCCCGCUGCCCCUGGCCAAGAAACGCCUCCACUCCCGCUCCUACCCCCGUUGCUGCACCUGCCAAGCCUGCUGCCGAGCCUGUGCUGAGGCGGCAGCUGAGCGUCGUGGGCUCUAGCUUCACCAUCUCCAGCAGCAGCAGUGGCGGCAGCGCCAGCAGCUUGGAUCAGUACAUGAGGCAGAGGAAGCGUGAGCCGGUGGUGUCCGGGCUGCCCCUGCAGAGUCCCACUGAUCCUACCACCAGGACUGCCAUCACAAGCACCACCAGAACCAACUGGUGUUAG